AUGGUUCACUUCUUGCACCCAGGCCUCUCGCCCCGGACUAUCGUCCCUCCGGACGCUCAUAAGGACGACCUGGGCUGCGGCGUGGCGCAGGAGGAGGCGUCUCCCUACUCUUUGGUCAACAUCUGCCUGAACGUCCUGGUUGCUAACUUGGAGAAAUUGUGUUCUGAAAGAUCUGAUGGAACACUUUGUCUUCCGGAGCAUUGGAGUUUCCCUCAGGAAUUAGCUGAUCAAUUCGUUGGGGUCAUGACUUGGCAAGGCAAGCUGACUGAUAGAACGGCAAGCAUUUUCCGAGGCAACCAAAUGAAACUGAAGCUGGUCAGUAUUCAGAAAGCUAAAAUAUCUACAGCUGCGUUCAUACAAGCCUUCUGCCAUCACAGACUCAUUGAACUGGAUGCUACUGCAGUACACACUGACCUCUCAAUUCCAGACAUCCUAAGUGGACUCUGCAGCAAUAGCUGGAUCCAGCAAAACCUCCGAUGUCUCCUGUUGGACUCAGCAAGCAUCCCUCGCAAUUCAAGACUGUUGUUCUUUGGUCAGCUCACCGGUCUUCGCAUCUUAAGUGUUUUCAGUGUUUGUUUUCAUAGUGAAGACCUGGCUAAUGUUUCUCAGUUACCCAGACUGGAAAGCUUGGAUAUCUCUAAUACUCUGGUCACUAACAUCUCUGCACUCCUUACCUGUAAGGAUCGACUCAGAUCUCUCACAAUGCACUAUCUAAAAUGCCUGACCAUGACCAAACCACAGAUUCUCGCAGUCAUUAGAGAACUUAAAUGUCUGCUUCACCUUGAUAUUUCUGAUCACAGGCAACUCAAGUCAGAACUAGCUUUUCAUUUGCUACAGCAGAAGGAUAUUCUGCCUAACAUUGUGUCACUGGACAUUUCUGGGGGCAGUUGCAUCACUGAUGAAGCUGUAGAACUGUUUAUACAGCAGCGGCCUGCGAUGCAAUUUGUGGGACUGUUGGCUACGGAUGCUGGUUAUUCUGAAUUCUUUGCUACAGCGCAAGACUUGAGGGUUGCCGGAGGAGCCAAUAUGAGUCAGAUUUCAGAAGCACUGAGCCGAUACAGGAAUAGGUCAUGUUUUAUGAAGGAAGCUCUCUACAAGCUCUUCGCAGAGACAUUUGCAACGCAAGUAGCCAUGCCUGCUAUUUUAAAGCUUGUGGCUAUAGGAAUGAGGAAUCAUCCAUUGGAUUUGCCAGUGCAGUUCACAGCCAGUGCUUGUGCCCUCAACUUAACACGCCAGGACCUGGCCAGGGGGAUGCCUGUUCGUCUGUUGUCAGAGGUUACCUGUCUACUUUUCAAGGCUCUGAAAAAUUUCCCCCAUUACCAGCAGUUACAGAAGAAUUGCCUUCUCUCCUUAACCAAUUCCAGGAUUCUUGUGGAUGUUCCAUUUGACAGGUUCGAUGCUGCCAAAUUUGUUAUGAGAUGGCUCUGUAAGCAUGAAAACCCCAAGAUGCAAACAAUGGCAGUGAGCAUAACCUCUAUUCUAGCCCUGCAGCUCUCACGUGAGCAAACUGCACAACUUAAAGAAGAGCUCUUCAUGGCAGUUAAGGAACUUCUAGCAAUAGUAAAACAAAAGACUACUGAGAAUUUAGAUGACGUCACCUUCUUGUUUACUUUGAAAGCACUUUGGAAUCUUACAGAUGAAUCUCCAGCUGCCUGCAAGCAUGUUAUUGAAAAUCAAGGAUUGGCGAUCUUCAUCCAAGUCUUGGAGACUUUUUCAGAGUCAACAAUACAAAGCAAAGUACUUGGUCUUUUGAACAACAUAGCUGAAGUCAGAGAACUCUCUUCCGAGCUGGUGACUGAAGAUGUGGUAAAGCAUGUCAGCAGCUUGCUGCAUAGUAAGGAAUUGGAAGUCAGCUAUUUAGCUGCAGGCAUCAUAGCCCACCUGACAUCUGACAAACAGCCCUGGAUAUCCCAUGACCUCCAGAGGAGAGCACUCCUCCAGGAUCUGUAUACAACCAUCCAGAAUUGGCCAAGUUCAAGUUGUAAGAUGACAGCAUUGGUGACCUACAGAUCCUUCAAGGCAUUUUUCCCACUCCUUGGCAACGUCUCUCGACCGGAAGUUCAGCUCUGGGCACUAUGGGCCAUGUAUCAUGUCUGCAGUAAAAACCCCAGCAAAUACUGCAAAAUGUUAGUCGAAGAAGAAGGACUGCAGCUUUUGUGUGACAUCCAGAAGCACAGUGAGGCAGACCCCCAAGCACAGCACAUUGCAGCCUCCCUUCUAGAUGACUUCAGAAUGCAUUUCAUGAAUUAUCAGAGACCCCCUCUCUGCUGAAUGCCCUUCUUAUCCUCAGGGGCUUCAGAGGUGCUCUGUUGCUCAGUGUCAGGUCUUCUGCCCUGUCACCAAUUGAAUGUUGAAUUGAAUUGAAACAAGUUGUCAUUGGAGUUUGUGAGUUGACUGCCUUCUUGGCCUUUUUUUUUUUUUUUUUUGGUUGACUUUCUGUAACUUAUAAGAAGGUUGGGUUUGUAUGAUAGCCAUGAUCCCAAAUCAAGUUGGAAUCAUUCUGGGAAUACCCUUUCAGCAGUUUUGAAAAAUCAAGCCCUGGACUCUGUGUGAAGACUUGUGAGCUUGUGUUGGAACAGCUAUGCCAGUUACUUUUCUCUAGCCCCGACCAAUUUCUUAACUCUGAGUGUUUGUCAGAGGAAAGGAAAAAGAAAGACUUACGGGGAAACUUUGAUAUUUAUUAUUAAAUUUCAUGUUUGAAAGAAUCUCCUAAGUUGUUAUUCCUGGUUAUAUGAAGCCACUGGAAAAGAAGUACAUGAAAAAGUUCUAGGAAGCAUACACGUAUAAGUGUAUUGUUUGGAAGGCAGAACUUCUAUUGGAGGGGAGGAAAAAAAAUUAUUUUUAAUAGAUACCAGAGUACCUUCCACUCGUUGGGUGGAGGGAAGAGAAAUAUAUUUUUAUGAUUUUGGAUAGUCUACCUUUGACCUUCCUUCCUCUACGUUACGCGUUAGACUGAGUAAGCGUAACAUUGUAUGUGAUUGGGUGUGCUGGUGGGGCAUGGUCAGAGUUAGGACUGAGAAUAGAGUGUUCAGAUGAAAGAUUAUAUG